ACAUUUCAAUUGAAACCUCUGCUGCUGCUGCAGAACGAGGACAUGAAAACAAUGAGAUCGUCGUGCGUCAAGAUGGGAAGUUAAAAUGUCAUUGAUGCUAAUAGUCUGUUUUGCUUUGUCCGAAAGUGUAAGACCAAAUAGCCAUGUUCUGAUUGACUCCAUGUUGUCUCGAAUUAAAAAGAUGAUGGGCUGAACAUUCAUCUUGCACCAUUCUGGCCCUUGUCUAUCAGCUGGUGCAAUGCAUUUUAUAACCAACCUUUGGCCAACAUUAUCUUGUUUGUUGUGACCAUGGAUGUCAGAGUAGUUCUACAUUUCGCCAUCGUUACAAGAGCUCUGUCUCUGUUGUUGCAGGCUCUGUUAAAUGCUGCCAUUCCCGAUCAUGAAGCCGAUGCCUUCAGACCCCCAAGAGUCGAGGAGCCUCUGUAUUUGGACUCUGCUGUGGAGUGGUGUUUUGGCGGACUUUCUCAUUGGGAUGCCGAGCAUUACCUCUUCAUUGCCGAGAGAGGUUACCUGUAUGAGCACAACUUCGCUUUCUUCCCCCUUCUCCCGGUGAUUCUGCGCGGCCUGGCGGAGACGCUGCUGUGGCCCCUCAGCGGUUGGCUGUCGGUGAGGGGAAGGCUGCUCCUAGCGGUUGCUGUGGGCAACAGUGCCCUCUUCCUUCUGAGCGCUGUAGCGUUGUAUGCAAUGAGCAGAGUCGUUCUGCAGGACAGGCGCCUGGCUCUCCUCUCCAGCCUGCUGUACUGCCUCACUCCCGCCAACGUCUUCAUGACCUCGGGCUACUCGGAGAGCUUGUUUGCCGCGCUGACCUUCGGCGGCCUCUUCCUCCUGGAGAAAGGCUUCACCUUCAGAGCCUGCCUCGCCCUGGGCAUCGCCACGGCGGCCCGGUCCAACGGCCUGGUGAACAUCGGGUUCCUGCUGUACCUGCCGUCGCUGAACGCGCUGUCCCAGAUCCGCGCGUACCGCACCACGACCACGGGCCGCGGCAAGGCGCUCCGCUACGCGUGGGUCGUGGCGCGCCUCCUGGUCACCUCGCUGCUGGGCACGGGCCUCAUCGCGCUGCCCUUCUGCGCGUUCCAGUACUACGGCUACCGGACGUUCUGCACGCCGUCCACCGCCCUGGAGCGCGUCCCGCCGGCGCUCGUCUCCCUGGCCAGGAGGAAGGGCUACCGGAUGCCCGACGAGAACGGACCGCCGCCGCUGUGGUGCAUGAGGCCGCUGCCGCUGCUCUACUCCCACAUCCAGGACGUGUACUGGGACGUGGGCUUCCUGCGCUACUUUGAGCUGAAGCAGAUCCCCAACUUCCUGCUCGCCCUGCCCAUGGCCAGCCUGGGCAUCAUGGCGGCGUACGCGUACUACCAGGCCAACCCGGACAUGUGCCUCCGACUGGGGCUCUGGGAGAGCGCCCGCCGGCGCCUGGACAAGCCCACGCCGGGGUUCUUCAACCCCAAGGUGUUUGUGUACGUGGUGCACUCCACGGCCCUUUUGAUAUUCGGGACGUUGUGUAUGCACGUUCAGGUUCUGACCAGAUUCCUGGCGUCGUCGACGCCCGUCCCCUUCUGGAUCAGCGCUCAUCUCCUCCUGCUCAACGAACCGCUGCUGCACCGGCGGAAGACGUCGGUGCCCAAUGUUCAGCUGCGGGCGCACGACACGUCGAGGAGCGGGGCCACAAACCCGCUCCACAACCCCGUCAGUGCGCUGCUCCCCCACUGGAGGAACUGCUCAGCCACCACCCAAUGCAUCCUGGGCUACUUCUUAUCUUACUGGGUGCUUGGCUUGGCGCUUCAUUGCAAUUUCUUGCCCUGGACUUAACACACUACCCGCCUAUUUACUCCUAAUGCAAUACUUUUCAGUGAGGGCUGGGGGGGGGGGGGUCUUAUUUUACAAUUUAUUGCUAUAAGUCUUUUUAUUUCUCAUAAUCAAAUGACAGUUUAAGCGUACAGUGUGGAGGAUUUAGUGGCAUCUAGCGUCAAGGUUGCAGAUUGCAUCAAGCUCAGUUCCCCCACCUCCCCUUUGCCCCAACUCUCCCUUUCCAAAGACGUAGCUCUGGCCUGUAAGGGGCCAGUGGCAGCAGUAGUAGGAUUAAGUAGUUGUUUUCCAAAAGGAUGUCAUCUUCUAUGACAGCAUUGAGUAGCAAACCUUCAAGUGAUGAGAUUCCUUGAUGGAUUUAUAAUUGGCAUGUAAAAGUAAGGUCACCGUCUAUAAGUAAUAUAGUGUUUAUGAUUUUUUUAAUUCUCUAUAGAGCCCAUAGUCCAUUCUAGAAACAUGUCGGUGCACUAGGAAAGCUCUGUGGAAGAGUACCCGCUCCCUUUGUAGAUAAAAGGCCUAUUCUAAGGUAACAGAACACAACUAUGUAUAUUUCCAUGGGAUUAUACACUUCAAACAUACUUAUGAUACUUUAUCCAUUUCUGCCAAGUCCGUUCCGCUAUGCCACUAAUUCUACAUCCUACACCUUAAAAAGUCAAAGCCAUAAAGUAAGGACUUAAUUGCAUGAUAUUUCAUUACCAAAUCUACAUAUAAAAUAAAUGGCAACCAAUUACUUCAAAUACAGUGACAGGAUUAUUAGUAAUUAUAUUUUUCUUUCGUUUCAAUUGUGAUUCAUCAUUGCAUUUCCACAGCUUUCUCAAAUGUCGCAGCUAGGAGGUUUCUGGAAAUAAAAACUUGCGUGCUCGCAAAAAAGUUACUUUAAA